AUGCGCCUGGCUCUUCUCGUUUUCCUGUUUGGUGUACACGCGACGAUGCGCCACACCAUGUCUAAUGAGAAAUUUGUCGUGAUGGUCCACGACAAAAAUUUCUUGACCGAUUACACUGAUAGGUAAGUAAGUGGCUCAGCCUAGAUUCUAAACAUGAAAAAAUUAAUUUAAUUCCAGUUAUCCAACUACUUUGUGCAAAUCACGUACAAAUGGAGAACUCUUCUUCCAAAUCAAGGCCAUCUGCGGGUCAAACAAAUUGUACCCGAAGAUCAGUGAUGACCAGAUUGUGCAUAUGACUCAUCUUAAAGUCAAGAAUGAUGAGAAGCUCAACGAAUUGGACAUUAUGAGAAUGUGCACCAAUGAUUUGCCGAGCUUUGGAAAAAUCCACGAGAUGAGCACAUUGGAUAUUUUUCAAGACGAGAAAUUGUACUAUUAUUGUUGA